AUGCAACUUGACCACGAAGGCGUUGAGCUUCAAGAACUCGGUGAAACCGACAAAUUCAUCAAAAGCACUCCUGACGUCCCAAUUGUCGAAGAAGCGCUUGCAUCGGAAGAAACAGUGAGAACAUAUGAAUUGAAGCGAAAGGCCAGAGCAGCACAGAACCUCAGUUUCCGCCUUUACCUCGCUUGGGUUGCCUACGCCACAAUUUUCAUAUUGGUUUUGGAAUCCUCGUUUCCUAUUUCUGCGUCUCACUACUGGGAGGAAACUACGGUGGCCAGCUGGACGGAUGUUGGAAACACCAUUAUGGAGCUGUUUGAAAGCAUUGUUCCUGGAGUCACCAAAGGACUCGAAGUACCGCAAAACAUCGCACCUGAUGACCGCAGAUUCUACUUUUUGUCCCAUGGUGUAUGCGUUGAAGGCAGAUGUUUCCCAUAUGGCGAUGCCGGUUUCAUUGCCAAGUAUCUCGGGUAUCAGGCGGCUGAGGCUAGGGGUGGCGAGAAUAAAGAACACUUGGCCAGAGUCUGGGAGGACAAGUUUGCUCUAGCCUACGAGAAGGUCACUAGCGAGGCAGCGUGGAGAGGCAAAACACCAAGAGAAGUGAGACACGUUAUUGAAAGCAUCGGAAACAGCAAGCAGUCCCAUCGAGGAGCCGUGCUAGCGACCUAUAUUGCGGUUCUUGUGACGUUCUUCGCCGGAUUGGCUUAUCGUCUGCAGCUCAUUGAGAAGAAAGAGGCCGGUCUCAUCGCAGGAUUUGGUGCGAUAACGAUUCUUGGGGGAUUUGUUUCGAUUGGAGCAAGUUUAGUUCCUCUAGAUUACGAUGAUAAUUUGUUGUUGAAAAGAAACGGCAUUCGGACACACCGUGGUAAGCAAUUCAUCUUCGUCAUUUUGCUAGCGUUCGCUUGUGUUACCCAUGUUGUGGCGAUUUUCAGAUAUAUGAUAAAGAUGGAGAACUUGUCCUAUAAGCCCAAGCCCUCUGUGGGAUCACUGCCUCCAGGGUACUCAUCAUAA